UUCGAGGACCAGGAGUGAACAACCUGGGACUCUUGUUGGCCAUGGCUUCUCUGCGCGGCUUGCUGGGAUGUUCGCAUCGGUGGCUGGGAACGAACCAAGAAGAAGAUCCUCGGGAAUCACCAUCAACGAGGGGGCUUCACAAGACAUGGGGUUCGAUCGUAUCAAUCGAGGAAAGAAGGCAGUUGUCGCUGGUCCUGGCAAAAAGGGACGCAAGAAGUAUAUCAAGGACCUCAUUGAGGAACUCAUGGUGAAGACCAAGCACGAGUUAGAAGAGCUCUGUAAGAAGGAUCGUAUCAAGUAUGUGAACAAGAAGAUCACUACUGCUGCUCUGGCUAAGCUACUUGCUAUUGACGCUUAUGGUGAGGAUGAUGAUGAUGAAAUCUCCGAGGAAGAAUCUCAAGAGCACAACCCCUCUUGAUAAUCUGGUGACCUACCUUCCUCUUGGACCUCCCUUGAAUGUAUAAGAGAAUGAAGGAGGAAUGAAGGGUGGCAAGGGAA